GGUCUAUACCAAGGCCAGGCUAGACAUGAGCGUUUCAAAAUCUCUACGACUCUGUUUUCCAGUAAGCUGGCAACGGGUAACCCAGUUGGUCCCCACGUUCUCAAGAUGAUCGGUCAGAUCGAAACUCUUGAAAAACUGGAGGCCCCGUUGCACCCUAUGCUGGCAACUGAUCUCAUCUUGGGAUCAUUACCAGCUGAGUAUAGUCAAACUGUAGAGAACUUCUACAUGAACAAACUAGAGAUGACUAUGCCUGAGCUAUUGAAAUUCCUCACAACUGCUGAGGAGAGGCUAGGGAAGGGCAAGGGUAAGUCUGUCCUGAUGGUAGAGGGCAGUACUAUUGCAAAAAAGAGUGGGCCACGUUCGCCGGCCGGGACCAAGCGCAAGGGUUCUAAGAAACCCAAGCCAGCGUCCAACUCCUCUUCGUUGAAACCCAAAGAAGGAUCUAAGAAGAAGUCUGCUGUAUGCUAUUAUUGUGGCAAAAAGGGCCACUGGAGGCGCAACUGCGCAAAAUUAAUGGAAGAGAGGAAAGAGGGAAAGAAACUUCAAACCUCAG